AUGAGCCAGAAAAGAGUUUCCAUCUUUUCUUUCCUCUUACAUUCUUUUUUAUAUGUCUCCCUGGCAAGCGCCGCAGUCACCCCUACCUUCAAGGACUACUUCUUCCGUUUCACGCACAGUAACCCGCCCAGAGAGGUGCUUACCUACCAACGUCUGCGUGGCAACUUCACCAACACCCCGGGCGUCACCCCCGCACCCCACAACCCGCAAGAUCACUUCAACCGUAUCAGCCUGUACAACGCCGAGCCGGAGCCACACGGUCCCCUGUACGUCGUUCCGACGAACCCGCAUCCCCCUCCGGUCCCGGGUUACUACGGACUGAGUGCACGUGCCGGUAUUCCCGAUGCAUGGCAGCUCAUCUACACGUACCGUCUCGAGGAGGAGCAAUCGUUUGGCUUCCGGUAUGAGGAUUGGAGGCUGAAGAGAUCGAAGUGCAAGCCUACGCUGAAAAUCUGGUAUGGGCCGGAGCAGGAUGUGGAGGAUGGAUGGAGGUGGUAUGCUGUUAAAGGGGUUUCGCCGAUGACGGGGUUUGAGCAGUGGACUGCAUGGUGGGUGAAGCUAUCUGAUGCGAACGAGGGGGCGUUUGCGGACACAGAGAUUGUGCCAGUUGGGUUAGAAUUGGUUGAGGCCGGACCAGUGAACUCGAAUGCUCCAGGUGGUGUCGAGGAGUAA